GUGGGACGGAGGAAAGGUUGUUUGAGACAGUGGCGAAGCGAUCCCGAGCGGAGAUAGAGUCAGGACUACAAGGUGUGUAUGCGAAGAGGAGAGAAGACACAGUUCUAUGACGGACCUUGGAAGUGGAGGUCUCUUCAUCGGUGGGUUCAUGAUACUCAGUUUAAUCCCGUUGAGAGGAUAACUCGGGGAAACUUCGACACGUUCUGUAAACGCAAGCUUCCAUUUGUCUACACCCUCCUGGAUGAGAAAUCGGAGGCUGACGUGGAUGCUCUUGUCUCAAUGAUCAGAGACGUGGCCCUGAACUACUCUGGGCAGUUCAGUUUUGUCUAUACGCCUAUUGAUGAGGUAGGGGACCUUCUUGAUCAUCUUCGCUGCCAAUAUCGAGGUGCAAGUUAUGCUGUGUUGGAAGAUUUUGAGGACGACUACAGAUACUGUGUUGAGACUAAUCCUAUGGAGAAGUUGACGGUAUCCCGACUGCGAAAGCUCUGCGAUGGAUUCUUAUCUCGAACUGCAACUCCCGACCAUGUGGUGUCAGAACCCAUUCCAAUCGCCAACGUCGGUCCAGUCUUCAAAGUCGUCGGCAAAACUCUAAUGUCCACACGACUCCACAGUAAUGGAUGUGACUAAGGACGUCCUAAUCCAUUUCUAUGCUGAGUUUGACGAGAAAUGGGAGGAUGUCGAAGGGGAGUUAGAGAAAGUUGCAGUGGAGUUCGAACAUGUGCCCACUUUCAAGGUCGCCAAGAUGGAAGGGAUGAAAAACGAGCAACCCAAGGACUUCCCAGAUCUGGACUACAUUCCCUGUACCUGGCUCUUUCCUGCCAAAUCCAAGAACAGACCAGUGGUCUUCAAUCAAACAUGGUCGUUCGAGUUACGUGUACUCUCUCAGUUCGUCUGCAACUUUUCCAGCUUACCCAUAGAAACGAUACCUUGCAAAUCAGAAACCCAUAAAAAGAAGAAAACUAACGAAAGCACUAAACUCGACACGUGGGCUCGAUCAUCAACCAGUCAGAAUGAUACUUCUGAGAUUGCCAAUCAAAAGAGGAUAACGAG